CUGCAGAUCACACUGCACUUCCUGAGGAGGAUGAGGCAGGACAAGCUGGCUGAACUCCUGCUAAGCAAAACUUUUGCUCCAGUGUGCCGACGUGAGCUCAAAUGUAAUUUGAAGAGGAAGUUUCAGUGUGUGUUUGAAGGAAUUGUUAAAGCAGGAAACUCAACUCUUUUGAAUCAGAUCUGCACAGAGCUUUACAUCACAGAGGGAGAGAGCGAAGAGGUCAAUGAGGAACAUGAAGUCAGACAGAUUGAAACAGCAUCCAGGAAACCAGCAGAAACAGAAACAGUAAUAAAAUCUGAAGACAUCUUUAAACCUUUACCUGGAAAAGAUCAGCCAAUCAGAACACUGAUGACAAAGGGAGUGGCUGGCAUUGGGAAAACAGUCUUAACACAGAAGUUCACCCUGGACUGGGCUGAAGAUAAAGACAAUCAGGAUAUACAGUUCACAUUUCCAUUCACUUUCAGAGAGCUGAAUCUGCUGAAAGAUAAAAAGUUAAGUUUGGUGCAGUUUCUUCAUCACUUCUUCACUGAGACCAAAGAAGCAGGAAUCAGCAGGUUUGAGCAGUUCCAGGUUGUGUUGAUCUUUGACGGUCUGGAUGAGUGUCGACUUCCUCUGGACUUCAAGAACAACCAGAUCCUGACUGAUGUUACAGAGUCCACCUCAGUGGAUGUUCUGCUGACAAACCUCAUCAAGGGGAACCUGCUUCCCUCUGCUCGCCUCUGGAUAACCACACGACCUGCAGCGGCCAAUCAGAUCCCUCCUGAGUGCGUUGACAUGGUGACGGAGGUGAGAGGCUUCACUGACCCACAGAAGGAGGAAUACUUCAGGAAGAGAUUCAGAAAUGAGGAUCAGGCCAGCAGAAUCAUCUCCCACAUCAAGACGUCACGAAGCGUCCACAUCAUGUGCCACAUCCCAGUCUUCUGCUGGAUCACUGCUACAGUUCUGGAGGACAUGUUGAGAACCAGUGAGGGAGGAGACCUGCCCAGGACCCUGACUGAGAUGUACAUCCACCUCCUGGUGGUUCAGUCCAAAGUGCAGAACAUCAAGUAUCAUGACAGAGCUGAGACAGAUCCACUCUGGACUCUAGAGACCAGGAAGAUGAUCCUGUCUCUGGGAAAACUGGCUUUUGAGCAGCUGGAGAAAGGAAACCUGAUCUUCUAUGAAGCAGACCUGGCAGAGUGUGGCAUUGAUAUCAGAGCAGCCUCAGUGUACUCAGGAGUGUUCACACAGAUCUUUAAAGAGGAGCGUGGGCUGUACCAGGACAAGGUUUUCUGCUUCGUCCAUCUGAGCCUUCAGGAGUUUCUGGCUGCAGUUUAUGUCUUUCUGACCUUCACCAACUCUGGUGUCAAUCUACUGACAGAAAUACAGCUAUGCUUCCCACUGCCAUUGAGAAAUAUAGUAGAUCUCUACCAGAGUGCUGUGGACAAGGCCUUACAGAGUCCAAAUGGACACCUGGAUUUGUUCCUGCGCUUCCUUCUGGGCCUUUCAGUGGAGACCAACCAGCAUCUCCUACGAGGCCUGAUGACACAGAUAGGAGAGAGAUCACUGACCAAUGGGGAAACAGUCCAGUACAUCAAGGAGAAGAUCAGAGAGAACCCAUCUCCAGAGAGAAGCAUCAACCUGUUCCACUGUCUGAAUGAGCUGAAUGACAAUUCUCUAGUGGAGGAGAUCCAACAGCACCUGAGUUCUGGACAUCUCUCCACAGACAAACUCUCCCCUGCUCAGUGGUCAGCUCUGGUCUUCAUCUUACUGACAUCAGAAGAAGAUCUGGAUGUGUUUGACCUGAAGAAAUACUCUGCUCCAGAGGAGGUUUUUCUGAGGUUGCUGCCGGUGGUUAAAGCCUCCAGUAAAUCUGUCCUGAGCGACUGUAAUCUAGCGGAGAGAAGCUGUGCAGCUCUGGCCUCAGUUCUCAGCUCCCAGUCCUCCAGUCUGAGAGAGCUGGACCUGAGCAACAAUGACCUGCAGGAUUCAGGAGUGAAGCGUCUCUCUGCUGGACUGGAGAGUCCAAACUGUAGACUGAAGACUCUCAGUCUGAGUGGCUGUAAUCUGUCAGAGAGAAGCUGUGAGGCUCUGGCCUCAGUUCUCAGCUCCCAGUCCUCCAGUCUGAGAGAGCUGGACCUGAGCAACAACCACCUGCAGGAUUCAGGAGUGAAGCGUCUCUCUGCUGGACUGGAGAGUCCAAACUGUAGACUGAAAGCUCUCAGGCUGAACCAGAGCCUGCUCACAGAGAAAUGCUGUAAGGAGCUGUCAUCAGUUCUCAGCUCCCAGUCCUCCAGUCUGAGAGAGCUGCACCUGAGCAACAAUGACCUGCAGGAUUCAGGAGUGAAGUGUCUCUCUGCUGGACUGGAGAGUCCAAACUGCAGACUGAAGACUCUCAGGCUGUCAGGCUGUCUGCUCACACAGGAAGGCUGUGCUGCUCUGGCCUCAGCUCUGAGCUCCAACCCCUCCCAUCUGAGAGAGCUGGACCUGAGCUACAAUGACCUGGAGGAUUCAGGAGUGAAGCGUCUCUCUGCUGGACUGGAGAGUCCAAAUUGUGCACUGAAAUUUCUCAAACUGAAACAAAACCUACUCACAGAGAAAUGCUGUAUGGAGCUGUCAUCAGUUCUCAGCUCCCAGUCCUCCAGUCUGAGAGAGCUGGACCUGAGCAGCAAUGACCUGCAGGAUUCAGGAGUGAAGCGUCUCUCUGCUGGACUGGAGAGUCCAAACUGUAGACUGGAGGCUCUCAGGCUGUCAGGCUGUCUGCUCUCACAGGAAGGCUGUGCUGCUCUGUCCUCAGCUCUGAGCUCCAACCCCUCCCAUCUGAGAGAGCUGGACCUGAGCUACAAUCAUCCAGGAGCCUCAGGAGUGAAGCUGCUCUCUGCUGGACUGGAGGAUCCAACCUGGAGACUGGAGGCU